AUGUGUCUAACAAAAUCUAAAGAUAGUGAUACAAGCAUCGAUGGCAGUCUUUCUAGCCAAGUCAGUGAAGCUUUUCUCGAGAAGUAUAGAUUUAGAAGAGAUUCGGGCUCCAAAAUAGCAUCGGAACCGAACUUUCUCAUUAUCGGCGCUGGCGCUGCUGGCCUUGCGUGCGCUGUGUCACUGCUUAAAAAAGGCUUCCGGUAUGUGACUAUCAUCGAGGCGGAGAAUCGAAUCGGUGGACGUAUUUUUACAAAGUCAUUUGGCCACAAUACCAUCGAUUUAGGCGCACAAUGGUGCCAUGGUGAAAAGGGUAAUAUUGUUUACCAAACAGUCAGUGGUAAAGUAGCGCUGGGCUCUUCGACUCACAUCUACACAAAGUUCGAUUGCAUUCGCUCGGAUGGUGAGUUAUUGCCAAAUGAUGUCGUUCAAAAGCUUAAAACUUUGCUGAUACAAAUCUUUGCCAAGCGCCAUCAAGAGCUGCCUUCAUUUAAAGAUACAUUUGGCGAGUAUUUAAGCAAGAAUUUCUAUGAAAUGAUAACGAGUAAAGAAUACGAAGACAUCAGUCGCGCCGUUGCACGAGAAUUCUUUGAGAAUUUCAUAAAAAUCGAGCGGUCUGAGACAGCUGCAGGAGUUGAGGAAAUGUCCGCGCAGGGUUUUGAAAGUUACAUUCCAUGUGAUGGUGAUUAUUUAUUGCAUUUCGAUAAUGGAUUUCUAGAGUAUCUACGUAUUCUUUUGGAAGCUGAUGAAUUUGGUAACGAUUUGGGGCUGCUAGAGGAUAAAAUUAUUUUCGGCAUACGCGUGAAAGAGGUCACAUGGAACCGUGCCGAUUUCAAAGCGCAGGUUACUUGUGAGAACACCUCAGCUGUAUUUCUGGUAGACCAUGUCAUAGUGACAGUCUCACUGGGCGUACUAAAACGAAAUGCAGCGCAAUUGUUCAACCCAGAGUUGCCGAUAUCUAAACAGCGUGCAAUCGAAGGCAUAGGCUAUGGCAGCAUUAUGAAAUUAUAUCUGGAGUUUCCAUCGCCAUUCUGGAACAGUAAAUGGAUGGGCUUAGCCAUGCUUUGGCGUGAAGAAGAUCUUUUGGAGUUGCGCGAAAGCGCACGCGCCUGGCUGGAAAAUAUCUAUGGCUUUUAUAGGGUUGCAAAUCAACCCUGCGUAAUAGUUGGCUGGCUAGUUGGCUCCCAAAUUCCUCAGGUAGAAACAAUGCCAGAUAUCGAGGUUAAGGAAGGAUGUAUGUACUUGUUGAGGCGUUUCUUGCCGCAAUGCAAUAUACCGGAUCCAAUAGAUUUUAUCAAAUCUGUUUGGGAUACUAAUCCAAAUUUUUAUGGCACAAGCUCGUUUCGUUCACUGAAGACAGAAGAGCUGGGCACAGGUGCAGUUGAGUUAGCGCAACCCAUAACCGUACUCGCCGAAGCGCCUAACUUUCUCGUUGAAACGCAUCUGCAAGGAGGUCUGGCCGUUAAGCCGGUAAUACUGUUUGCUGGCGAAGCUACACAUGAAACUCAUUUCGGUACGGUGCAUGGUGCGGCAGAGAGUGGUAUACGAGAGGCUAAACGUCUAGAAGGUUACUACACAGUAGAUCUGUAGAGAAAAUUGUGCAAAUUUAAAUGUAUAC